AUGGCUAGCACUCGUGAUUCCCAUUCAUUCGCUUGCGAUGAGUGUCGCCUCCGGAAGUCAAGAUGCUCAAAAGAGCGGCCUGUUUGUGUACAAUGUCGGCAACUGAACAAGGAAUGCAAAUAUAGCCCAAAGGUCACCCGAAGCCCGCUAACUAGGCAACAUUUGACUUAUGUUGAAGACCGUUUGCAUGCAUUUGAAACAGCCUUGAGCAGACUGUUUCCCGGUGGUGACCUGGAUGCAACACUUCGUUCUCUUCUGCAAAAUCCAGAAGUUACCCCCAAAGCUCCCUCAUCCAAGUCAUCAUCCAGGCAUUCAACACCAGCCAAGCCUGAAGCGGAGCGUACAGAGCCUGCACCAGAAGCUCUACCCCAACAGGCUGAUGGCUUUGAUUGGGCAGAGAAGGAGCUUGCACUUGGUGAUUUGGCGGAUGGCAUGGCUGCAUUGUCGAUCAAGCCCGAAGGAGCUGGCUAUUUCGGAGCUUCAUCUAGCGUUGUGCCAUUGAGAGCACUCUUUGACCAUGGGUUUGACCUCAACAUACCUGUUCGUUCCUCAAGAUCUGGCGGUAUACCUCUCAAAGCACAGCUUCUAGAGAGUGCCCCUUCUGGCUUGAUUGAGCAAGCAUUUAUCGACGCCUAUUUUCGAAACUACCACACCAGCUACCCCUUUGUUCAUGAACCGACUUUUCGUGCUCAAUUCAAUGAGCCGUCUUUGCGCCCUCAUGGCACUGCCUGGCAAAUCCUGCUAAAUACCAUUUUAGCUCUCGGUGCUUGGAGUAUUGGUGAUGACAGCUCAUAUAUUGAUAUUACAUUCUAUCAAGAAGCCAGAGCGUAUUUACAACAGGCAUCUGUAUUUGAAACUGGGAAUUUGACUUUGGUCCAAGCACUGCUGUUGCUAAGCAACUAUGCCCAAAAGCGCAACAAGCCCAAUACGGGCUGGAAUUAUCUAGGCUUGGCCGUUCGCAUGGCUAUGAGUUUGGGCCUCCAUAAGGAGUUCCCGGGAUGGAAAAUCAGUCUUCUCCAACGCGAAAUUCGUCGACGAUUGUGGUGGGGUGUAUUCAUUUUCGACAGCGGUGCUGCCAAAACCUUCGGCAGACCUAUCCUUCUCCCUGAAGAAAGUGUCAUGGACUGCAAGCAGGUUCUGAAUAUCCAUGACGAUGCUCUUACUCCUACAUCAACUACACUACCCCUCGAAUCAUCUGGGCCCACCCUAUACUCCGGGUUAAUCGCACAAGUCCGGUUUCAUCUUUUGACCAACAGUGUAUACCAGCGUUUGAUCUCCAGCCCCACUAUCACUCCUGAAGAAACCUUGAAUCUCCAAAAGCCCAUGGAAGAAUGGUACAAUGGCCUUCCUCCCUAUAUGCAAUAUCCCCUUCAACCUCUUGCUAUGCCGCCAACAAAACCUGAUCCUGACAAUCUUGCUCUCGUUCGCCACCGUAUGCUCUGGCGGAAAUGGAACCUGGUUAUUCUGAUAUACCGACCGGUUCUACUUCGUUGGGCUGCGCGGCGCUGGGCGCCACAUGAUGGCAGCUCGGACGGCUCUUCCGUCGUAUCCCCUGAAGGAGGUACCGAAGAUCCAUGCGAAACGGAAUGCCGAGUACGAUGUCUUCAGAACGCCCGCCUAACCAUUACCUCUAUUUCCGAAUAUAUGGAUAACCAUAUCUGCUCGAGAAUUGGAGCCUGGUAUAUGCUUUACUUCCUUUUCCAAGCCGGCCUGAUCCCUAUAGUCUUCCUCAUGACGGAUCCUUCGAAUUCAGAUGCUUCAAGUUGGCUCCAGGAUAUCGAAACCACCAAAGCUCUCCUAGCUCAUCCAUCUCUUGGUGACAAUCAAUUGGCUGUUCGAUGUUUCGAGGUUAUUAAUCGAUUAUUGGGAUCAGGGCCCUCUGCAAGCUUGAUGUCCGGUCUUCAAAACCACGGCCAAUCUCUAGGUCAACCACAGCAGAUUCCCUCGCAGCAACCACAGCAAGGAUUUAUCACAUUCCCAGAACAACUUUUCAGCGAUCCUGGGUUUGGAGGCGGUCUAUUUCCUGUUGAACAACAAAUGCCUAGUCCCGCUGGCAUGGACUUUUCGGAAUGGGUCAAUUAUCCCAACGUAGAAUGA